UUAUAAUUAACCAUGGUAUAUAGCCUCCAGUACUCACCUCACUCCUUUGCCAUAUUGUUGUGAGUUUUUGAUUCAUGAGUUCAACUAGUUUUUCCACCACUGCCUGUUCUUGUUUCUUCGAUAGCCUUGAACUACCUGUACUGUCGCUGUGAGUAAUUUGUUUUGACCCAGCCUGUCCGACUGCCUGCUCCUCUGUACCUACGCUGAUUGCCUUCUUGUGUACCGACCUCUGCCUGUUGUUUUGGAAAUUGUUUUUGAACAUUAAACUGACUGAUACUUACCUCCUGGUCUCUGAAGCUGUGCAUGUGGGUCCACCAUAUUAAGCCGCCUGACAGAACAAUCUGGCCAACAAUGGACCUAGCCAGCACGAAGUCUCUGCUCUCCGCCCUGCAGGCUCAGGAGCAACGUUUCAGCAUACUUGAAGGGAGGACCGAUGCCGCUCUCCAUGAAUUGGCGCGUAGCACCUCUCGACAGGAAAACACAGUCACUGAGUUGACCUAGCUAGUCAGGAGUCUGACAAUGGGCUUAGGAGCUGUGAGUCCACCCAGUGCUUCGCCGGAGGUGACGGAGCCAGUCACAGUGAGUACCGUCAUAUAUGCCCCGGCCCCAGACGCAUGCCAGUGAGAGCCGCUGAGCUUUAUGCGCCCAGUUUCCCCAUGGAGUAGUCUAAGGUGGUGGUGGUGAAACGUGGUCUCCCAUCUUACCGGAGACGCAGAGGCUUGGGCUACGACGGUAUGGCAGAACAGGUCAACUUGUUUUUUUGCACUUCUCAGAAUCCCUUAAACAGGUCACUCCAGGACGGAAAGGCUCGUAAAUAUUAGGCAAGGAGGGCGAAGCACGGCUAAGUACAUCCUAGAAUACCGCCAUCAAAGUGAAGGCUCUGACCACUGGCCCCCAAAGUCCUGGAUGAGUGUGUAUGACUAAUGCAAUUAAAACUGCAGAGCAUCCCACUUAGGAGGGACGGACCACUUUCCAGUAGCCCCGGUCCCUCCGUCAGCAGGACGCCCUUCACAGACCUAAGUGGAUGAAUGUGGAGAGAUAUAGUUGGGAAGCAAGGUCCUGGGGUCCGCAGAGCCAAAUUCCAGACUAGCUCUGCUACCCAUCCCACCGCCCCCCAACCCCCAGCCAGGAAGAGAUAGACGAGACCCGGGGACCGCAAUACUACUGCCCAGGCACCACAUGCAGCGCAGCCAAGAACCAACCUCACGCCUCUGUCACACCUACCCAUUCUCUCUUUCAAGUAUGCUAAUUGUCACCCCAUGUAGUGCUGACCUGGACCGUUUUGAAUAAUGCCUCUGCCCCUUCCCUUCCCACUGUCACCUUACAGGUCGGCCCCAACGCGAUCUCAAGGACACAGAGAAGGUGACAUACAGGCACAUUGAACGGAAAUACAAGCCCAAUAUGUACGUGAAUGAAGGACGUGGUAAUGACAUCAUGAUCCUCAAACAUCAUGAUGAAGAAACCUCCUGCAGAACCUGGCUGGAUGUGGGCAGCAAACUGCCUACACCGGAUGGGAUGAGGGGAUAAACAGAGAGAGAAAAGCACAGCAAGAACAAACAAGCAACAACAGAGCACAGGCAAGAUGGUUAGACCAGGAACUGGACAAAGACAGGAUGGUUGGAUCCGCAGCUGCCCAUCACAGACACAGCUCUGAGUCCAAUGAUACCUGUAGGUGAGGACAGAGUCGGAGAAAUAGGGGGGUGCACAACUACUGGAAAGAAAGAGACAAGGUUAAUAUAAUAUGGAAUAGUGAUAAAAGGUUAUUGGAUAGAAGAGUUAUAAGAAAACAGAGGAGCUCAGCGGUCUGCUGGGAGCAUAAGGAACUUUGAGGUUUUUAAGAUAAGAAGGAGCGUUAUCAUUAAGUUCUUUGUAAGUGAGUAGGAGAAUCUUUCAAUUCUAUCCUACAUUUUACAAGCAGCCAUUGCAGAGAAGCUAAUGUAGGAGAAAUGUGAUCUCUCUUUCUAAAUCCCAUCGGAACUCUGGCUGCAGCAUUUUGAAUAAGCUGUAGGCUUUUUAAGGAGCUGUUAGGACAUUCUAUGAGUAAGGAGCUACAGUAGUCCAGCCUAGAUGUAACCAAUGCCCCACUGCCUUCUUCUUCAGAGGAGCCACUGUGUCUAACAUUGAACGCAGAGAAGCUAGAGCAUCAUCUACAAGACAGUCAACCUGUUCAUAAGGAUUAAGGUGACUGUUCUGUGUUGAUACAUUACAAGACCAUGAGGCAAAAGAUGAUGGAAUCAUAUGCUUGAAUCUGGCAACAGCGUCAUCAGAUAAACAUCUGCUAUAGUAAGAUUUCUUUCUAGCUGCUGCAAGGUAAAUUUAAAAGUUAAUAAGAAAUGGUCAAAUAACAGAGGGUUUUGGGGAAGAACUAAUAAAUUAUCAAUUUCCACCCCAUAUAUCAGAACAAGAUCGAGGGUUAAAAUUAGUGGGUUAAUUUACCUGCUGAGUAAAACCAAUAGUGUCGAUUAAGGAGUAAAAGCAGUGCUGAGACAGUUACUGUUAACAUCUACAUAAAGUCUCCCACUACUGUACAAUGACUUCAUCUGUUCAAGAACUAAGUCAGAUAAGAAUUCAGAGAAUUUAGUUAAGAACUCUGGAUAUGGAGCAGGAGGACGAUAAACAAUAAAAAACACAACUGGCUUCUGAGUUUUAGAGUCUGGGUGAGAAAAGGCUCAGAGUGAGGCUCUCAAAUGAGGUAUAACUAUGUUUGGGUUUAAGAGUAAUUAAUAAAUCUGAGUUAUACAGUAAAUUGCUGCUACUCCUCCACCUCUACCUGUACUUCUAGGAACAUGAUAGUUGAUGUGACUCAUUGGCGUCGACUCAUGUAAACUAGCAUAUUCAUCCUGCUGCAGCCAGUCUCUAUGCGAUAACUAAGAGUGGGUGGCGGAUGUAGAGAACAUGCAGAGAGGCAUGUAAGACUGCGACUCUGCGUCCUGGGCUCCACUCUGAGUUGUCAGGGAGUAGGGAGGCUAAGCAACAUGACCAUGUUACUAGAGAGCAGAGAGGCUCCUUCUAACGUUGGAUGGAUGCUGUCUCUUCUAAUCAGCCCAGGUUUUCCCCCCAAAAGUGCUACAAUUAGCUGCAAAGCCCACAUCGUUUGCGGGACACCACCUAAACAACCAGCAGUGGAGCGAUGACAGACGGCUAUACAUGUCAUCGCUGCUCACAUUGGGGAGGGGUUCAGAGAAAACUAUGGAGUCCGACAUUGUUUUGGUGAAGGAACACAUCGACUCAUUGUUAGCGACUUCCGAUUGGCGUAACUGGGCGUCAUUAGCUCCUGCGUGUAUUUGUCAGGAUUACGCAGAUAUUGGACCCACAUGCACAGCGCGGACCGGUUGGUGGUUUAACUGAUUACAGUCUUUAUUAGCGAUUGCAGUCAAGGCAAGCAGGGUCAUACACAGGUGAGCUCGAACGUAAGCACAAAGGAGCAGACAGACUCAAAUCCAGGGACAGGCAAGGUUAGUCAACAGGCGAACACGGCAGCGGUACAGGUGAGAAUCAGGAGUCAAGGUACAAUACAAACAAGAUCACGGACCAGGUAAGCUAUACAGUAAUGCUGGAAAUUGGUGAGUACACGCGACGAUCUGGCAAGUGACUGGUGUGUGAUCUGGAGCCUAAAUACUGGAGCUUGAUUACAUGAUUACUAGCAGGUGUGUCUGACUUAGGCUGGUGAUUGGCAUGAGAGCAGCUGUGGUGGUUGAAACAGGAAGUCCUUCAAAAUAAAACCGGAACUGAGACCGAAAACAUGACAGUUUAUUGCGCUGAUGAUGAAUUUCCUCUUCUUCACAUUCUGACAUGUCACAGACAAAAUGGUGAGAUGCAAAGAGUUGGGCUUUUGUUCUUCUGCCAUUUUAUAGGAAAUACUGUACGAAAGGAGAGAGAGAGAAAAGUCAGAACUACAGUAGUUGCUCUGACAUAGUUUUUACAGACAUCUAAGAAAUCAGACAUCUAAGUAAUCACAAUUUGCAAAUGUGUCUGAGGUCAGAGAGAAACCUGCCCAGCUCAAACACAACCGACCUUCAGCGUUAAAAUAUGGUUGACAUAAUGUUAUUGUUGUAAUGUUAAUGCAACAUUGAAACAACGUUCAAUGUUCACAUUCAAUGACAUAACGUUAACAACAAGAGGUUGAAAUAACGUUGCCCUAUCAAUGUUGAUUCACCUGUCAAAAUCAACAUUCAGUGAUUAUUCAACCAUAAUUAUAAUAUUGAUUCAACUAUGAUUUAAUGCUGAAAUGCCUGCUGGGUAAUUUAUUUAACGUAACCAGGAAAAACAACAUGAUGAUUCAAAGUUAGCUGCAUGCAUUCUCAUGCAAGUAUUUGAAAGUUAUUGAUUCAGGUGAUGGUUAUCACCUCCUGUUCCAUAUCUACUAUUUCAAUCAUAACAGAUAAAUUCUUCUCCUACAAACACACUAACAUGAAUGAUGGAGACAAGUUCAUUGUGUUGCUGAUGAAUUUCCCACUCUGAUACGUCUCAAACAAAAUGGUUGUUGUUUUGCCAUUUUAUGCAAAUUGAUCAUAAGUCGACUUUUAUUUUUCUGUGGAGAAAAAGAGACAGAAAAAAGUAGCAGGAGGACGAUAUUGAACUUUAGUCUGGUGAGACAUAACAAUUCUCAGUGUCAAUCUUUUCAGUCUUGAUGCCUGAACACACUGAGGAUCUAAUUACUGACAGAAUGCAGUUCUCAGUUUAUUUUUGAGUUCAGCAGUUACAAGUUUAAUAUACUGUUCAUAUUAAGAUAAUAACAACUGCUCAAAGACCAGGAACAGUGUGAUAUUGCUGAGCAUAGCACAAAGCAAUAGAUUUGUAUCUGGGUUCAUAAGUACAGCCGGAUGUUGUAAAAAACCUACGAAGACUGAAAUUGAAAAUGUAACAGGAAGAACUAAUAAUUUGUCAGAGUACGUCUCAGCCAUCAAACACUAAUCACACAUGUCCAACAUGUGCCAGCUGCUCACAAGACAGAACGAGAAGCAAAGACAUUCAAGUAAUUACAACUUUUAAUUAGCAAUUACAAUUACAAGAGAAACAAUCAAUGUAUUUAACGUAACCAAGUAAAGCAAAACGGUGAUUCAAAGUUAGCUGCAUGCGUAAAGCUUGUGGUCAGAUGUAAAGAUAAGGCUGAUGAAUAUCCUACUUUCCAACAAAACAAACUCUAAAGGCUUUUACCACAGCUCUGACAAGACAAGUUGACUGUGCUGCUGAUAUCAUGCAGGGGUUGCACAAACUCCUACUUCUAUGUGUUCUUACAGGUCUUGGACAAAAUGGACAUGGAAUCAAUGGUGGGGAAAUAGUCCCAAAGAGCAUGAUGCAGUACAUGGUCUCACUGCAGGAUGGACACGGUAACCACCUAUGUGGAGGGUUUCUUGUCAGUGAAAACGUUUUGAUCACAUCUGCAAGCUGUGACAAACGGGACCCUAGAGUUGUUUAUUAUCGUUGUCACAACUUGGAGGAAAAGAUGAAAUUUGUCCAUAUUGAGAAAAAAUGCAAAUCCAGUGAUUCUGACAUCAUGCUCGUCAAAUUCAGAAAGAAUGUUAAAGGGGACAACGUGAAAAAGACUGAAAUUCCAAAGUCUGAAAUAGAUUUAAAAGUCAACCAACAGUGUUGCAAAUCAAAAUGCAAAUCCAGUGAUUCUGACAUCACGCUCUUUAAGUUGCAAAAGAAUGUUAAAGGGGACAACGCAAAAAACGCUGAAAUUCCAAACUCUGAAAUAGAUUUGAAAGUCAACCAACAGUGUGUUGUGGCUGGAUGGGGUCCAGAAGACUGUGAGAAAGGUCCAGUGAAAGAUCUGAGAAUGGUGAAUGUUUCUGUGUUCAACUGUCCGCACAAUGUGACAGACAUCUGCACGAGUGAGACAGGCUUCUGUGAGAUUGACGCUGGUGGUCCUCUGGUGUGUGACGAGAAAGCUGUUGGUGUGGUGAUUUUCGACAAGAAGCUUAACAGAGCCACAAUUUCCAACAUAUCAACAAAACAUGUAUGGAUCAAAGACAAAAUAAACAAUCCAAGUUGGAAGGACUGUUGGUAAAAUACAUAAAUGUCUGUCAAUCCGUUUCUUCAGCUUGUAUUAAGAUAAGCAACAGCAUUAUUGUGAUGUGCUUUUGCAGUGUGACACAAAAAGCAAUAAAAAAAUGAUUUUACUCCUGUUAAUCUCUUGUUAUAAACGUUUACAAAAUGUGUAGUAAACGACUGUAUAUGUAUUCAGUUCAAUGCCAAAUAAACAUUCUCAA